CUGAGGAGGGGUCCGCCCCGGGCCAUCGGGCUGUAGCUGAGAAGCUAUGGCGCCAGCGGCGUCGAAGCUGCGGGCCGAGGUCGUGCUCGGGGCGCUUCCGCGGCGGGCGCUCGCGCAGUACUUGCGCCUCCUGCAGUUCUACCCAGUGCUCACUAAGGCGGCCAGCAGUGGCAUUCUGUCAGCACUUGGGAAUUUCCUGGCCCAGAUGAUUGAGAAGAAACGGAAAAAAGAAAACUGCUUUCAAAAACUAGAUGUCAGCGAGCCGCUCAGAUAUGCCAUUUAUGGGUUCUUCUUCACAGGGCCACUGAGUCACUUCUUCUACCUCUUCAUGGAGCACUGGAUCCCUUCUGAGGUCCCCUGGGCAGGGGUCAAGCGGCUCCUCCUGGACCGCCUCGUCUUUGCACCGGCCUUCCUGCUAUUGUUCUUCACCGUCAUGAACUUCCUGGAGGGCAGGGACGCGGCCGCCUUUGCCGCCGGCGUGAGGAGGCGCUUCUGGCCGGCGCUGCGCACCAACUGGCAGGUCUGGACCCCGGUUCAGUUCGUCAACGUCAACUAUGUGCCUCUGCAGUUCCGGGUGCUUUUUGCAAACGUGGUGGCUCUGUUCUGGUACGCCUACCUGGCUUCUCUGGGUAAGUGAAGAUGGCCUGAAGAGAAUGUCAGACUGUGGACAUGGGUCUGGGGAAUGCUCACCUGCCCAAAUUGAGAGCAGAAACAACCUAAUCAGGACUUUAUCUGACUCUAAAUAAUGUGACUCAAGAUGGCCUAGAAUGAUGAGAAAAAGGUCUUUUAAUCAGAAUUUCAUAUCUUAAAAAGGCAGUAGCUGUGUUCAUGUAGCACUGCCCUAGAAACUUAAAAUAUGGUUUCACUUGUCACCUUGGAUUGAAUUAUCAGAAUAAACUGUAAUGUAGCUUU